GGCGUCUCGGUGACCCAUAAAACUCUGUUAUAAGGACGGCAGAGGUGUCAGUGAGAACAGAAGGCUUGGAAAGGGGACAGUAUCCCACAGCAGGCAAAAGUUCACAAUGGCUACGUGGCAAAACUAUUCCUUCCUGCUGGCUAUGGCCCUGGUAUUCAUGGCCAAUGUCCAGAGUCAGGAUGCACCCCCACAAGGCCGGUGUCCCGCCGACAUGGUUUAUGGCUGUAAGCGUGUAUGUUUCAGUAACUGCGAUAACCUGAACAGCACGAGAGAUGUCUGCAUUCUGAUGUGCCCAAUAGGCUGUGACUGCAAAGAAGGUUUUGUGUUUAAAUCUAAAGACUCCAACACUUGUGUCCCCGUUUCUGCCUGUAAAGUCUCCUGCCCCCAGCACUCAACCUUUAUACCCUGCUAUACUCACUCCCGCAAGUCUUGUCGUACCAAGGACGAUCCUGAGACGUCUUCAGGAACCUGCUCGCCCCGCUGUGUCUGUGAUAAAGGAUACAUUCUCUCCGAUGAGCCCGAUCCUCGCUGCAUCAAGAUCAGUGAAUGCCCUAAAAUCACCAAUUAACGUAUUAAUAUCAGCCAAAUAACUCCUGCGGGGAGUAAGAUAAAUGUGCUGUGUGAUUCUGUGCCGAUAGAUAUAGAAAUGCUAAAAAAAAAAAGAAUCCUAUGAAUUUUUGUUUCUCAAAUAAACGAUAAGUGCAGAGUCGCAGUUCUACAA